AUGGCGAGCAGGUUUGCCGAUGCGUUUCUUCAAGAAGUGCGGCUCGGAUUUGGUGCAGAUGGGAGGAGAGGGGUUCCUUUUCUGCUGACCUCGUCCUGGGAUUCGAUUCCCAUCUGCGAGGGUUCAUCCUUUCCUCGAAUGGUUUCCUACAUGGGGAACCGUUCUCGGCCCAGUGUAGCUAAGGAAACCAUGGAACCAAUUGAUGAGGAAACAGAGAGUCCUAGCAGGGCAGCACAACUGAAAUGCCCGGAUAGAAACUCAGGCGAAAUGCACCUCAACCGGUUCCCAAAUUUUCAUUGCAAGAGUCUGCCUUCAAGACGCCGUGAGGAGAACCCAGAAGAUAGCAUCAUUCAUAGUCGUGGUUCUAUGUACCAGAGCUCCAGUGAUUUGAGGUCUUCUAUGAACAUAACUCGUGGAUUUAAUCAAGAUGCCAGGGAGCUUGUGGAUAUUUCAUCGCGUGAGGUUCCCAGUGACAACUUGAGGCUUGGAAGGCCACGCAAGGACUGCAAUUUGUUAAAGGAUGAUGUAAGAGACAGGUUCCCGGGGUUAUCGCUCAAAGAAGACAAUGCCACGUGUCCUGCCGCAAGUGCUGCUCCUCAUUUGCUAGAAAGCAGCAGUAGCAAAGGUACAAUGUCAAAUUGCCAACCUCCUGUUGGCCUUCAUCCUGAUAGGAGUAACCAUGGCACAAUAGAUUCAGUGAGUAAUCUCCCCAAGUCCUUGUCAGCUAAGGUGGGCGUUUUUGAUGCUACAUGUCCAUCAGAAAGUGUUCAUGGUGUCGAUGGCAACAAAAAAGCUCGAUCUAGUGCGUUUAAGAAAAUUUUGGAUCCUUUCAUGAAGUCCAAAUCUCUGAGGAAUCCCUCCCACAUGGUAAUGGAAGAUGCAAAAUGUGGUAAUCCACCAGUUAGAGGAAAAGAUAGUGCACUGCGCAAAUCUUUGUUGAGUGGUAUCUCAAGAUCUGACCAAACUCCCACACCUAAAUGCCAGAUGAGUGGGGAAGCCCGGCCUAUCACAGUUACUUCAUCGCCGACUCAUUUGCAUGCUGUUCUUAAACUGGAUCAUGACAAUGGCGCUUUUGGUUUUGAGUUCUGUACCAAGGGUCCAGAAGAAUCCAUUUACGCUAGCACUUGGAAAUCCGGGAACGAACUGAAUUGGAUUUACACUUUCCAUAGUGUUGGCAAGCGAUCAAGUACCGUGGGAAGGACCUCCAAGGAUAGGCAUGGGUGGCUGCCUCCAAUUGUUGGCCAGAUGCAUGUGUCUUCCUAUCUGUACUCUGAAGUUGAAGAAGAUGGUAUUUUAAAUAACUCAGCCACUAGCGAGUUUGUUUUGUAUGACAUUGCUCAUGCACGACGGAGCUCUGCUGUUGAUAGAGUUCAGCGUCCAGAUUCCACUCAACCACCAUUCUGCAAUGUUGUUAAGAAUUCAAUCUCUAGGGAGUCUCUAGAGAGAAAUAAUCAGAUGGAGCGGCAAAAUACUGCAAGGAAUAACUCAGAUGCAUCGGUAUCUUGUCUUUGGUCCCAAGAAGAUCUUCAUCCUCAUUUGGAGGUUGCAGCUGUUGUAGUCCAAGUGCCGUUUCAUCAAACCCGGUCCCUCGAAUUGAAAACUGGAUCAUCACCAGGUACAGUUAAAGUGGUUACAGCAGGCGGAGCACACGGGUUACCAAGGGAUGAUGAGACCAGUCCAUCACCGUUACUUAACCGUCUAAAGAGUGGGGGAAGGUGUGACUGCGGUGGAUGGGACAUGUCUUGCCCAAUCGUUGUCCUUGAAAAUGCAUAUGAUAGUUAUUGGGUCGAUUCUGUGAUGAAUGAAAGCAAGCAUCCCAUGGAGCUAUUUGUUAAGUAUUUCAUUUGUGUACUCCAACUGUUGAAGCAGGGUAACCAGGAAGUUCUCCCUGCCCUUUCCAUGAAAGUCGAUGGGAAAGGAGAGUUCUCAGUGGAUUUCCAUGCACGAUUGUCGGCGCUGCAGGCAUUCUCAGUCUGCAUAUCUUUGCUUCACUGUUCUGAAGCUUCUCCAACCAUUGGUAUAGAGAAAUUCAAGCACAAGCUGUAUUCCAGUUCAAUGAAAAUGCUCCUCAAAGAAGAAGUGAAGCAGUUAAUAGGAUCAGUAACAGGAAAAGAGAAGAAGAAAGUGAAGAGGAGGAAAGGAAAAACUCCGGUGGUCAAUGGCCCUCCGUUCUCACCCAUGGGAAGAGUAUAG